AUAUCUCUUCUGAAGGCGUACUCAAGCUUCAAUGAACGUAUGGAGUCUAGGGUACAGAGACGUGUCUUCUUAUUGCGCUCCAGUCGUUAGAUGGUUUAGGAGGGGAACUGACGGGACAGUUGCGCCACAGUGUGGCGCGACGCCGACUUCCCCUUUUGCGCCGGCUUGGCUUCAGAAAACAUAUCACGACCUCUCCUCAGUCCAUCAGGUGCGCCAUAGACGAUCGCUUUUCAGUCAUUCGACUAUUUCUCGAACCGGUAGGCUUCAGCAAUCCCGCGGGCUACCAUAUUUCCUAGAACACCGACGUCCUGCCAUGCUGGACCGCCUCCGCUCGUAAUCCGCAUCGACGACCGGCACCCCUUCGCGAGCUGCACACAUUGGCCGACAGCGACAGGAGGAAGAACCUCUGCUCGUAGGCGCCAUGAUCAGACCUUUACUGAUGCGGCUUAUGCGGAGACCGUGGAGGUUCAUCCUCCUGGUUGUCAUUUUCGGUUUCGCCCUGCUCACAUUAACUCGAACACAUCGUCAGGAGCCACCACCGCAGACCGCCUACUACAAGAAGACUACAAAAAGUUUCUUCCCUCCUUUGAAGGGUGCGCCCGCACCAGAUCAAGAUUACUGCGUCAACUUCCCCAAAGACCAGCUGAACAGGAUACAAGUGGUGUUGAAGACUGGAGCGAACGAGAAGGAGAAAACAAAAGCACAUCUGUCGACUGUGACGUCGUGCAUAUCGAAUUUAUUAAUUGUGUCAGACCACGAGGACAGGAUAGGCGAUCACCAUGUCAUUGACAUCCUCGCCGAACUGCCCGCUUCGUACAAGGAGAAGAACCCUGAUUUCAGCUCCUACCUCGAGCACCAGAAGGCCCAUGCGGAGGGCGAUAUCGUUGAUUAUCACUCAGGAGGAUGGAAGCUGGACCGCUUCAAGUUCCUGCCGAUGGUUGAUAAGGCAUAUGAAAUGAACCCGAAGGCAGAUUGGUAUAUCUUCCUUGAGCCGGACAUAUACUUCUUCUGGGACACGCUGUUUCGGUUGCUGGACCAGCUCAAGCCGGAGGAGAUGCACUAUAUGGGCGCACCGGGGCCGGCAUCUAAGUCGCCAGACCGUAACUUCGCAUACGGAGGUGCCGGGUUCGUCUUGUCUCAGGGAUUAAUGAAGAAACUCCUGCCGCCGUCGCGUAGUGGAGGGUAUGAAAAGCUGGCUCAUCGCUAUGAGGACAAGAUCAAGAGUGAAUGUUGCGGCGAUGUUGUGCUCGCACAUGCCAUUCUCAACAUGACGGAAACCAAGCUCGAGGCGUUGUACCCGACAUUCUCCGGGGAAGAUCUCAGGCAAAUCAGGGUAGACAAGGACCGCUGGUGUGUUCCGCUACUCUCGCUGCACCGUGUGGAGCCCGAUCAGAUGGAAAAGCUGUGGAGGUGGGAGCGGACACGGCCGUAUAACACAAAACCCUUCGUUUAUUCUUCCCUCCUCGCAUACACACAUUCGCACCUUACGAAAUCACCCAAGCUUGAAUGGUGGGAUAACCUAUCGGAAGCGCCCGUCCCCAACGACCGGCCCGCGCAUCGUAACGCCGAUUCGUGCGGCUCGGAGUGCUCAAAGGACGCCAACUGCCUCCAAUGGUCGUAUUCCCAGACCGUGUGCCGCUUCGCCAACUACAUCAAGCUCGGAAAUCCCGUCGACGAGAUGAACGGUGGCCAGGGCGAGUUCCAUAGCGGAUGGGACCUCAAGAAGAUGGGCGAGCUCGGCUUCAAGGUGGACGAACAGAGCGACAUACACGACACUUGUCAAGAGGCGACAUGGCUGACGCCGAAAGUACGGCAAUAGUAUUCGUGCUUUAUCGACGUUGAUUGUCGCACUCACCUAGGCGUUUGGGGGCUCCCAUACUUCGGCCAAUGAUCCUCGAGGACCAUUGGGUCUGAAAUCAUCAUGUGACGGCGUUACGUUGCUUCUUUGGAUAUCAUGUACUCAUUUUAGCUUCCCGUGUUUCUAUUCAUUGGGGUUCUCCAUUUCUCCGUUUUUCCUG